AUGCGUGUAUUGAAUAUCGGCGUAUUUCCGGCAUCAGGUCCACUUGCUGGAAGCAUCAUCGAGUAUUUGACGAGGAUCAUAACUCCGUCACAAUUAACUCUCUGCGUGCAAUCUCCGGAAGCUUUAUGUAAAGCCAAGGCCCGGGGUGCUACGAUACGAGAGGCGGAUUAUAACAAUAAAGGCACCCUUGACCGGGCUUUUGAUGGGCUAGAUGUACUCAAUUUAUUAUCCUACAGGAGUCUUGAUAAUGAACACCGAAUAAAGGUACAUCGAGAUGCAAUUGAUGCUGCUCGGCGUAUAGGCGUCGGACACAUUCUCUACACAUCGCUGGCAUUCGGAGGGGGCGGAUUAGACCUGUCAGCAGCAGAUAUUAUGCAGGCACAUUUAGCCACAGAAACAUACCUUGCUGAGACCCAAGCUGAUGACAAGUCUUUCACAUAUACAAUUGCCCGAGCAGGGAUCUUCUCAAGAACGUUCCCCUUGUAUACAGGACUUUUCAAUCCGAAAGCCUCACCGACGUCUGAGGAUGCGAAAAGUGUAAUUUCAAUUCCGCACGAUGGUUCCGGACCAGGAAUCGCAUGGGCCAAACAGGAAGAGAUUGGAGAAGCAAUAGCAAGAUUGCUAAUACGCUAUGUCCGAGGUCCGCAAGCGUAUCCGUACGAAAACAAAAAGAUCGUGCUAUCUGGCCCGAGAGCCCUCUCGCUACGAGAAACAGCGAACGUACUGGGGCGGGCAGUUAAUAGAAGACUCAGAGUUCGACAAGUGGCCCUCGAGGAGUAUUUAGAACAGCCGCGGGUUAGGCAAUUCGAUUCAUACGACAGUGACCCAAAGGCUCUUGCACGAAGCUGGGCGACAGUAUUUGAAGCAAUCCGGCGCGGCGAGUGCGCAGUAACGACGACGUCCUUGGAGAAUCUCCUCGGUCGCGAGCCUGAGGAAUUUGAGACCACUAUCAAUAGAAUGGUAAAAGUCGGAAUCAGGGAGGACUUUGAGAGCGAUCGUAUCGAGUUACAGUAA